AUGACCUGUCCGCCACGGAUAUCUGACGUGGCUUUGGUAUCGGCAAACUUGUUGGGCCACAACGGAUUUAAUUAUAAACUACCAUUCAGCCUCCAGGACCACAGUAGAUCCGAUUGGAGGCAGUGCUACUUAAGCCCUAAGGCUCCAGACACCUGGGCGAAAGCAGGCAAAACGGAGCGAAAGGAGCUCGAUCGAUCCCUCACAGUUCGAUCGACCCUAGGCGCUUACAACCAGCUCGAUCGACCCGUACAAGACGAGCCGAGUCGAUCGAUCCGCAUCCUGCUCUACCGCUCGAUCGAUCCGCCUUCGCAACACAAACUCGAUCGAUCCCAUGCGUUCCAUGCAUCGUUUGAUCUCAGUCGUCCAAUCUGCGUCACGUCGAUCGAUCUCACCGUUCGAUCGACCCCGGUUUUGUCAUCUCAAACCGGAUUGAACCGAACUCGACCCGGAGCUAUUUAG